UAGAGCACUUUUAUUUUGAUCCCCCUUAAGCUCUGUUCCAAGCUUACAGACACUUCAUUUUUAAUCAUCCUGACUUUGCAAAACCCUCGGGAAAGAGCCAGUUUCACUUGGGAGGCCGCAAGCACCGAACGUAAAAACGAAGCUCUGGUCACUCACGAAGCGUGAUUAGCAUACUCAAUGGCCGAUUCUGGCUUCACUAGUAACAGGAGGGAUCCCAUUAAGUCCUCAGUUGGGAAUGCCGCGGCUAGUAGGAGACGACAGCAUGCAGUCACAGUGGGGAAAGAAAGGAGGGAAUCGCUGAUGCGCGCGAAAAGAUUCUGUAGGGUGGGCAUUGAUGGCGGCGAUGGCGGUGAUGGCGAAGUUUCCGUUGACAGUGACAUGUUAAUUGAAGAAGAGCAAUCCAUUUUGGAGUCUCAGACUUCAGCGGCAGUGGAAAAUUUGAAAUCUGCCAUUGCUUUUCAAGGGAAGGGUGCAGUGAAGAAAAGAGUGGGGGCUCUUCAAGAGUUAAGGCGUUUGCUGUCAAGAUCUGAAUUUCCUCCUGUUGAGUCUGCUAUUAAUGCUGGAGCUGUACCCUUGCUUGUGCAGUGUCUUUCAUUUGGUUCUCCAGAUGAACAGUUGCUUGAGGCAGCUUGGUGUCUCACAAAUAUUGCUGCAGGGAAUCCAGAAGAAACAAAAGCUUUGUUGCCUGCAUUGCCCUUGCUUAUUGCUCAUCUUGGGGAAAAGAGCUACCCACCUGUUGCUGAACAGUGCGCUUGGGCGCUGGGAAAUGUGGCUGGUGAAGGUGAAGAGUUGAGGAAUGUUCUGCUAGUUCAAGGGGCAUUACUACCUCUUGCAAGAAUGAUGCUACCAAACAGAGGUUCAACUGUUAGAACAGCUGCCUGGGCUUUGUCAAACCUAAUCAAGGGCCCAGAUCCUAAAGCUGCUACAGAACUCGUUCGUAUUGAUGGAGUAUUGGAUGCAAUCAUUCGACAGUUGAAGAAAGCGGAUGAUGAAUUAGCAACUGAAGUAGCAUGGGUGGUUGUUUAUCUAUCAGCACUUUCAAAUAUAGCUACCAGCAUGCUGGUGAAGAGCAAUGUACUCGAAUUGCUUGUACAUAAAUUAGCUACAUCAAACAGUUUGCAAUUAAUGAUUCCGGUUUUGCGGAGUUUAGGUAAUCUCAUUGCCGGUGAUUCACAUGCAAUUCCUGGACUUGGCAUUACAGAUAAUGUGAUACAAGUUCUGGUAAAAUGUCUGAAUUGUGAAAACAGGGUCUUAAAGAAGGAAGCAUCCUGGGUGCUGUCUAAUAUAGCUGCUGGUUCUGUUGAGCACAAGCAGUUGAUAUAUUCUAGUGAGGCAGUGCCUGUGCUAUUGCGCCUUCUUUCUGCUGCUCCAUUUGAUAUAAGAAAGGAAGUGGCUUAUGUAUUGGGCAACCUUUGUGUUUCCCCAACUAAAGGUGAUGACAAGCCAAGUCUGAUCCUGGAGCACCUGGUUUCACUUGUUGAAAAAGGAUGCUUGCCAGGUUUUAUUGAUUUAGUUAGAUCAGCUGACAUCGAAGCUGCAAGGCUAGGACUUCAGUUCAUAGAGCUUGUUCUGAGGGGGAUGCCAAAUGGUAAGGGUCCAAAGCUUGUAGAACAAGAAGAUGGGAUUGAAGCCAUGGAAAGAUUUCAGUUUCAUGAAAAUGAAGAUCUGAGAACUAUGGCAAAUACUCUAGUUGACAAGUAUUUUGGAGAGGACUAUGGGCUUGAUGAAUAGUAGGUGUCAGAAUAGCGAGAUCCACUCUUGUUUUUGUCCUUAUAAUGCAUGCUUUGCAUCAGCCGCAUGUCAAAUAUGGAGCCUUCAGUUUCAUGAAAAUGAAGAUCUGAGAACUAUGGCAAAUACUCUAGUUGAGAUUGCUGAUUGCUGAUCAUUCAUUAUUGAAGGCCAAUAGGAUCUGUAUUGGUGUUGAGGUGUUUGAUAAAAUUAUCUAGGGCUUGUGCUUGUACACUUUCCGUGGCCCUUUUUGUGUGAGUACAUACACGAUAGACUGAAAUGUAAAUUUUUGUUUGUAAUUCUGUUCCAGUUCUCUUUGCGUUAUAAUUUAGUACCUGCAAAAGAUGCCAGUUACCACUAAGUGCUAUUUCCCCCC